AUGCUCGCCGCCCUCCGCGCACCAUCAGCCGCCAGCGCGCGCACCUUCUCGACCUCGGCUCUGCGAGGAGCUCCAAAGCCAGGCAAGGCUAUCGUUUCUUCGCUUCAGGCCGGCACCAAGAUGGAGGGAUUGUCCGUGUUCAAGGACGUGCCAGACCCAGUCUCGCUACCCGAGGACCAGUACCCGAAGUGGCUGUGGACGCUGCUCGACAAGCCCAAGGGGCAACCAGUUGCUGCUCCAGGGGAGCGCAAUUUUUUGGCGGAGCGCAAGGCGAUGCGCGACAGGAACAGGGCGAACAUCAAGGCGACCAACUUUAUGAAGACUACAUGAUUGCAUGCAUCACCCAUCACGACUCGGCGAGCCUGGGAUGAGUUCAUUGUCCGGCCAUGGAGUCCCGGAUGUUUGGGAGGGAUUGCAGGCGCUGCGCCAGCUUCCGAGCCAUGCAGUGGCACGGCAUGGUGCGCUGACCGAGAGCACCCAAGGGCAUCAGGGCAUCGGCACGAGACUUCAUGAUGAAGCCGACAUGAGGAGAGCUAUUCUUGUGGCGUAUGAUUGCUCAUGGCGUUUCCACGCAGGUACUUAUCAAACCCCAGAACAUGUCAUCAC